CUUGGCUCAUCGACCCACACAAAGGUACCUAAAAUUUAACAUUGCGGCCACCGAGAAAUCCGGAGAAGCAAAUGGGAAGGCAGGAAGCAAGGCUCGUUCGGCUCCCAACUUGGGAAUGCGAAUAUGUCAUCUAAAUAUAAAGAUAAAGACACCGGGAUGACGGUAGCCACUUUAAAUGCGAAAUGGGUAUCGUGGGUUCAUACUGUUGUCGCAUACGCCGCUUUCCUGAGUGCCCUGUCCGUGGGCAUGUACCUUCAUUACCAUAAGAUCGUCAAGAAUGAAUUCUAUGGCUAUCCCGACGAAUGGUUCCCCUCUGUUUCUGCCACCAUAGGCGAUCGAUAUCCCGAACGAUCUUUCUUUAUGCUCUUCAUAGCUUUGACUUCCGGACCUAGAUUUGCACUCGUCACCCUUUGGUAUCUCCUUACCGCGAAGCCCGGAAAGGCCCUCCCCAAGUUCAUCGCUGGUGUGGGUAUUUUCAGGACUCUUACGUGUGGGGGGUGGACCUACGUGACCUCGACCGACGAUCAUGAUUGGCACGAUAUCUUCAUGAUUUCCUACCUUAUAGCUACUAUACCCUGGACCUUUGGCUGUAUCGCCUUGAGUCCACCGAACCGGAAAGCUAUCAAGUAUAGAAAGUAUUUCGCAACGGCCUUCUUCAGCAUGAUACCCCCAAUGGUCUACUUCUUCAUUCAGCACAAGAUCCGCCGGAUCGCAGGAGCCUACACUAUUUAUUCGCUCCUCGAGUGGUCUCUUAUCCUGUUUGAUGUCGCCUUUGACGCGGUUACUGCUCUCGACUUCGAUACUUUCGAGAUUGUAGUUAGGGAUGUGAAAGGUUUGAGUAAGGGGGUCAACGUAUCGCCUCAAGCGACCGCCGUUCUCGAAGAAGAAAAGAGAAAGAUUACUGCCGGUAUCUUCGAUGCUGAGUUUUCUUGGCCUGAAGUAUUCGACACAGCUGCCGAGGUCUACCAUGGCUUCGUCUUCUGGUCUAUGCUCACAAGUCUGGGCGUAGUUAUUUGGUACUUCCCACUUUGGCACAUGGGUAUCUCCGGUUACGAAGCGCUCGUAAUGUCUACAAUUUCGCCCUUACUUCUUAGUAUUAAACCAUUCCGCUCGCUCAUUACUCAGAAUCUACGCGCCUGUCAUCUCUUGUCUCUCGCCGGCCUUCUUGCGUGGCAGGUCAAAAGUCCAGCCUACAGACUAUUCACAGUUGGUUUUGGUGUCGCAAUGUCCUGUCUAGCAUGGGCCGCUACUCUGUUCUCUGAAUCGGUUCACCCGGUCCGCCUCGAGUCGAAAAUAUUAGCCUGGACUGUUGGUCUAGUAAUGUCCUCGGCCGUCAAAUAUGCAUGGCAAACUAACAACCCGAUAUGGCCGAUCAUGCACGCUGCCAACGGUGGCUAUAACGGGACUGGAUUGGUGUUAGCAGUAUUUGCUGCGCUCAGAUUCACCCGUAGAGCGCCUCUUAAUACUGGCGUCGCCGAAGAUGACAAGCAGAAUGGUUCAGCAUUCUUAGCUGCCCUGGGAAUUGGUGGUCUCUUCUUUGGUCUGCAUUCACUACUUUCUGAUACCAGCACCAUGAUUCUAUGGGUGUGGGAUGGUUACCCAGUCCGAGGUCCUCUCUCUGGUCCCCACGGUUGGUUCACAAUAGUGGCAAUGACAGCUGGAUUGUUAACUGGAAUUCGCCUACCGCGAUUAGUUAGCAGUUGGUCUGUUUAUGGCGUCGGGUGCGUCGGAGCGGCCGUCCUCACUCUCUAUCCUGGCUGGUUCGGGUACUUCGGUGGCCUUACUAUCGCCUUUUACUUAACAGCUAUUGCGACCCCUUUCAUUACCAUUGCCUCUAAGAAGAAUCCCGCCACUACUUUCGGUCUUGGAUUUUUCCUAUAUAACUUGAUGGUUCUAUUCCAUGUCUGGGUGGUUGCUUAUGCUUUCGUCCCUGGGGGACCACUCGUUCGCGAACACACGGAUUGGAUCAUGACGACAAUGAUGUUGCUCAUCGGCGCCGGUAUAUUCAACAUCACGUCGGUACACUCGCGCCAACGCGAAAUAUAUGAACCCCCAGCUCGAUCACGACAUCGCAAAUAUCACACUUUAGGACUAGGCAUCAUACAUCUUUUUUUCGUCGCCACUGCGUUACGACGUUUUCCGACCAACGACUAUAAGCCUUACCACAAUGACUCGAAACUCAUCACUGCUGGAAUUUGGACCAUCCACUUCUCUCUUGACAACGACAUGUGGUCUUCUGAGUAUCGCAUACGUGAUUUAGUAAAAGAACUUGAAAUCGACGUUAUCGGGUUACUAGAGUCCGACUUACAACGUAUUAUAAUGGGCAAUAGGGAUACAACCCAAUUUCUUGCCGAGGAUCUAGGCAUGUAUGUCGACUAUGGUCCUGGGCCGAACAAGCAUACUUGGGGUGCCGCGCUCUUGUCAAAGUUCCCUAUUAUGAAUUCGACACAUCAUCUACUUCCGUCGCCCGUAGGUGAACUAGCUCCUGCUAUCCAUGCGACCCUUGAUGUUUACGGUGAAUUGGUGGACGUCUUUGUGUUCCAUUCUGGUCAGGAAGAGGAUCCAGAAGACCGCCGCCUACAAACCGAGUAUAUGUCUAAACUGAUGGGUUCAUCACCAAGGCCGUCGAUCUUGCUCUCGUACCUAGUGACCAAGCCCCUUCAAGGCAACUAUAACACGUACGUCUCCGAUAUUUCAGGGAUGCACGACGUAGAUCCCCGCGAUUGGGAUCGCUGGUGCGAAUAUAUCUUGUAUAAACGCCUACAGCGGGUAGGAUACGCGAGGGUGUCUCGAAGUACCAUCACCGAUACCGAGCUGCAAGUCGCAAAAUUCGUAGUUCCCAAGAGUGAGGCCGAAAAAGCGCAAGUCGCGGCUUUAGAAACUAGUUCGGAAAAAAGAAACCGCAGGGCCAAAGAGCACGACGUUCCCGAAGGAUGGAGAUUCCCGGCCCUAUUCAGAGGACAAGGUGUUAGAGGACACCGAUACCAUGUUUUCAACGAGCCAUUAUAUUACAAGCCAUAGGUCAUGAAUGGGCAAUUGGCAUAGGG